AUGUCUGCGGCGGUGGCGGGGAACAUGCACUCGCCGACCGACUCGCUUCCUCCGGCGAAUGUCGAAGACGACGACCUCGACGACCUGGACGACGACGACGACGACCCGAAAGCCGUGACGAAGACGAAGAAGACGACGUCGUCGAUCUACCGAGGCGUGCGCCAGCGACCGUGGGGAAGGGAGCCUCUCGACGAUUGGCACCGAGGAGCGAGAAAAUUGUCGCCCCGAAAAUAUCGCGACGUUGUCGAGUUUUCCUCUGUCUCUGACGCUCUCCCGCGCUCCCUCCCCCGCGCCGUACCCUCGCGCAGCUGGGCCGCGGAGAUCCGCGACCCGAACCGCGGCGCGCGCCUCUGGCUCGGCACGUUCGACACCGCGGAGGAGGCCGCGCGCGCGUACGACGCCGCCGCGAGGCACAUACGAGGCCCGAACGCGAGGACCAACUUCCAGCUCGCGCCCGGCGAGGUGCCGCCGCCGUUCGUCCUCCCUGACCCGCCCACCGGCGGCCGCGGCGGCCGCGGCAGAGGUGACGGGCCGGACUCCCCGGGCGGCGGGAGAGGCGGGAGAGGCGGAAGAGGCGGACCUCACGUCGCGAAGAAAGGGCGCGGCGCGGGCGCGGGCAUGCCGAAGACCGGCGUUGGGCUCGGCGGCGGCGGCUACGGCGUCGGCGGCGGCGGCGGCGGCGGCUUCCUCGGCGCUUUCGCGGGGGCCCACUCCAACGCGUUUAAACCGUCCGUCGUCGGCGCGUCGCACGGGCGCUUCAACGCGACCGCGCACGGCGGGACGCACACCGCGAACGACCUCAGCGCGCUCGUGAACGCGAACCUCGCGCUGGCGCAGCAGAACCUCAGCAUGGCGGGCGCGCACGGAGGGCACGGAGCGGGCGCGGGGUCGGGAUCGGACGGCGGAUUCAUCCGCCUCGGCGGCGCGGGCGUCGGCGGCGGGAACCACCACCACCACCACGUCGUCGGCGAGAUUCCGAGGAUACACAACUCCAAGCGCGAGCGAGCGCCGAGUAACCCGUUCUUGGGGACGUCGUUCGGCGUCGCCGGGAGCUUUGGCAGCGUUUUCGGGCACGACUACCUGUCGUCCACGCCCGACGGCGGCUUGGGUUUCCCGUCGCACUUCGGCUCCUCCCCGGGCGCGGGCGGCGAGUUACACGGCGGGUCGCACCACGGGCGAAGCGGCGGCGGGGCCUCGCACGAGGGUUCGCACCACGGGCGAAGCGGCGGUGGGGGGCUGGGCGGCGGGGGGUUCUCCCUCGGCGCGGCGAUCAAGGACGACUUCGAGGUUGGAUCGCUGGGCGCCGCGGGGGGGCUGGACGACUCGGUGAUGCCGAUCGGCUCGAUGGAGCUCGGGUCGCCGCUGGACUCGUUCGGGGAUCUCAUGGGGUCGCUGCCGAAAGGGGGGUCGCUCGGGUUGAAGAAUUCACUCGGCGGGGGGAACAAGAACGGCGCGGGAGGUUUGCCGUUCGGGAGGAGUAGCCAGGGCGACGGGCGGACCGCGACGGAUGCGCUGAAGAUGCGUUGAGCGUCGCCCGGCUGGCUGUUUUUCGCCGGGGGGGGUCGUUAUUUUUGGCGCCGCCGACGCGCUCCUAGGUCGUCCGCCCAGGGCUCGAGGCGCACGCCUCGCCCGGACCGGAAUAAACGACGUGUGUUAGUACUUUUGUUUUCUUGGGAAUACGUAUGCUGAUUGUAAGAAUGACG